AUGGAGGAUCUCACAAAGAGUUGGACAAAACUUUCGCUUUCAGAAAAAGAAGGAGAUAAACUAGAUCUGUCUAAGAGGAAGAAAACUCAGGGUUUUGUGUUAGUAGCCAAGUUUUAUACUUGUCGCUCAGUGAACCUGGAGGCAGUAGCAAAAACAUUUAGGCCACUGUGGCGUACCAAACACAAAUUCGAAGUAAGUGAUGCUGGGGAUAACAGGUUGCUGUUCGCAUUUGAGACGGUUGAAGAUGUUGAAAAGGUGCUGCUGGGAGAGCCGUGGUCCUUUGAUCGACAUAUAGUGGUUUUCCAACGCUAUGAUAUGUCAACUCCCAUUGACGAACUCGGGUUCGAUAGGGUAUCGUUUUGGAUUCAGAUUCAUAACUUACCUUACUUGCUUCUAACGACGGACGUGGCCAUCAACCUUGGGGAAUCUAUUGGUAAGGUUUAUAUACCAAAAGACACUACGGAGAUGAGAGGAGGAAAUUUUAUGAGGGUUAGGGUUACUAUUAACAUCUUAGAGCCACUAUGUAGGGGUAGGAGGGUCAUGUUUGAUGAGAAUAAUGAUGGCUGGGUAUCUUUCAUGUAUGAAUGGUUACCCAACAUAUGUUUUUGGUGUGGGCACCUAACACAUGAUGAUAAAGAUUGCAGAAUUUGGCUGUGGAAUGGUGGCUUUUUGUCGAAUAGUGAGCAGCAAUUUGGACUGUGGAUUCGUGCUAGUCAGUAUAAUGCCUCGAAGAAGAAUGUAGUCGAAGUUCAAGGGUACGGUCAGAACAAAAAAACAGAUAAUAGGGAGGAGGGAAUGAAUAAAGGGAGGUGGGUUAUGGCGGGUACUGGCCAAAACACACUAGGAACGACGGAGGAAACCAAUGAACCAUCAGUUAGCAAGGCCGUGGUAGAGUUCGAAAUUUCUGAUCCUAAAUCCGUUACUAAUUUUGAGGUGCAACUUAAGGAGAUAGAUGAGGCGAUUCAUGGUGAUGGGGGAGUUCGAAAUUCAAAUAAAGCCGAUAAGGUGGUCAAUGUGGAAUCAGAUACAAAUUUAGUGCAUGCAGCACAUUACGUGGAGAAAGAAAGUCCACUGUUUACUCCUGGGUGGGCAAGUAGUAAUAGUGACAAGAAGUCCAAAAAAAGUGGGCAUUCUACUACAAAAGGUGGUCCAACUGAUGGGCCACAGGAGGUGGAGCCUAAAUCUAAAGGUACUUGGACUAGAAUGACCAGAUCAAAAACAGAAAGUGAACGGGAUGUUUUAGAAAAGGAGGGGCCAAAAAGGAAACUGCCUAAUGAGUUGGGAGAAGUGCUCUUACUGGAACAGGGUAAGAAGCAUAAACUUGAGGAUGAAACCAAAAAUUUUAGUAUGCUAUUGGCAUCAGAAUUUGGACCGGCAGAGGUCGCUAGGCAACCCCACUGGACACCAUGA